UCCCUAUCUGCCGUCCAGCUCUCCACACUCCUGGUCGUUUUAAAUGCCCGCCACUGAAAACCUUCAGCAAGGGAGUGAAUCUCCUGUGUCCCACAGAGAGCUGUCUUUCAGCUGGAAGAGGGUGUGUCCCUAAGCUUUUACCUGGGAGCAAUGAUGAUCUUGUUAAGCAUUUCAGGGAGACCAGCCCAAGUUUUUAGGGUGGGGAUCUGGACAGGUUAUACGUACCUUCAGUCCUGCUCCCAGAGAAGGCAGAAACACCUCAAAGCCUGCAUGUAAGAACAUCUACUGAGAAGUUAUUUUAAGCAGACACCAGCUGAGUGGGGGGAAGAAAAAGAACAGAGAGAACAGACAUAACUCCCUCGGUCUUGGAUGUAAGAGAACCCAGCAGCGAUGAACUGGCACUUCUUCAGAACAGCUGCAGUGCUGUUCAUUUGUCUGGUGGUGCUGGAAGUUAACAGUGAAUUUCGAAUCCAGGUAAGAGAUUAUAACACUAAAAAUGGCACCAUCAAGUGGCAUUCCAUCAGAAGGCAGAAACGUGAGUGGAUCAAGUUCGCUGCAGCCUGCCGCGAGGGUGAAGACAACUCAAAGAGGAACCCAAUCGCCAAAAUUCACUCAGAUUGCGCUGCAAACCAGCAAGUUACAUACCGCAUCUCCGGAGUAGGAAUUGAUCAACCACCUUAUGGAAUUUUCAUCAUUAAUCAAAAAACUGGUGAAAUUAAUAUAACAUCCAUAGUUGAUCGAGAGGUCACCCCUUUUUUCAUUAUCUACUGUCGGGCUCUCAAUGCCCAAGGCCAAGAUUUAGAGAGACCUCUUGAGCUCAGAGUCAGGGUUUUGGAUAUAAAUGACAACCCUCCCGUAUUUUCUAUGUCGACUUUUAUAGGAGAGGUAGAAGAAAACUCUAAUGCAAAUACACUGGUGAUGAAACUCAAUGCUACUGAUGCAGAUGAACCAAAUAAUUUGAACUCAAAAAUAGCCUUCAAGAUCAUAAGACAAGAACCUUCUGAUUCACCAAUGUUUAUUAUCAACAGAUACACUGGAGAAGUUCGAACAAUGAAUAAUUUUAUAGACAGAGAGAAAUAUAGCCAGUACUCUCUGGCUGUAAGAGGCUCUGAUCGUGAUGGCGGGGCAGAUGGUAUGUCGGCAGAGUGUGAAUGCAACAUCAAAAUCCUUGAUGUCAAUGAUAACAUCCCAUACCUGGAACAGUCUUCAUAUUCCGUAAAUAUUGAAGAAAAUACUCUAAGUUCAAAUUUGCUCCAGAUUAGAGUAAUUGAUUUGGAUGAGGAGUUCUCAGCUAACUGGAUGGCAGUAAUUUUUUUUAUCACUGGAAAUGAGGGAAACUGGUUUGACAUAGAAAUGAAUGAAAGAACAAAUGUGGGAACUUUAAAGGUUAUUAAGCCCCUCGAUUAUGAAGAGGUGAAGAAUCUGCAGCUUAAUCUUGGUGUUAGAAAUAAAGCUGAAUUUCAUCAAUCAAUUAAGUCUCAAUAUAAACUCAUAGGAAGUGCAAUCUCUGUGACCGUGUUAAAUGUAAUUGAAGGCUCGGUGUUCCGUCCAGGUUCAAAGACAUAUGUAGUGACUAGUAAUAUGGGACAAAAUUACAAAGUGGGAGACUUUGUAGCUACUGACCUGGAUACAGGUCUACCUUCAACAACUGUUAGAUAUGUAAUGGGAAAUAAUCCAACUGACCUGCUCGCUGUUGACUCACGAACGGGAGUAAUCACUCUGAGAAAUAAAGUUACCAAAGAACAAUAUCAAACACUUAAUGGAAAAUACCAAGGAACAAUCCUAUCUAUAGAUGAUUCUCUUCAAAGAACUUGUACUGGUACAAUUAACAUUAAUCUUGACGGUUCUGGCUGGGAAGAUCGUGAACAGAGUACAACUAGUGGUGAAAUUAUUAAUGGAGGGAGUACUAGUACAAGCACAAGCGAUGUUACUUCCUCAGAUGGGAGUAACAUCAAUACCAACGCAGGAAAUGCUGGCAGUUCUGCAACAAGUACUUUUGAUGGAGAUGGCACUGAUGUUUAUAGGCACCGUCUCAGAGAUAAUGUACAUUUUGGUCCUGCUGGCAUUGGACUACUCAUCUUGGGAUUCUUGAUCCUAGGAUUGGUCCCAUUUUUGCUGCUCUGCUGUGACUACGGAGGUGCCGCUGGUGCUGGAGCCGGCUUCGAGCCUGUUCCCGAAUGUUCAGAUGGGGCGAUCCACCCGUGGGCAGUAGAAGAACCGCCGCCCACGGGUUUGACCCCUGUCUGUGUACCAGCAGGACCCGCUAAUGCAAAUAUAAUUGAGUGUGUUGACAACACAGGCGUUUACACAAAUGAGUAUAGUGGCAGACAAGAUCUGGGAGGAGGAGAAAGAACAACAGGAUUUGAAAUGACAGAAGAAGUUACAACAUCAAGAGCCCCUGAGAUAUGUCAAGACUAUUCUGGAACAAUGAGAAGAAAUUCCAUGAGGGAAUGCAGAGAAGGAGGGCUGAACAUGAACUUCAUGGAAAGUUACUUCUGUCAGAAAGCAUACGCUUAUGCAGACGAAGACGAAGGACGCCCAUCCAAUGACUGUUUGCUCAUAUAUGAUAUUGAAGGUGUAGGUUCCCCUGCUGGCUCUGUGGGCUGUUGUAGCUUCAUUGGAGAAGACUUGGAUGAUAGCUUCUUGGAUACACUGGGGCCUAAAUUUAAGAAGUUGGCAGAUAUCAGCCUCGGGAAAGAAGCUGAACCAUACCCAGAGCCUGACCCCUCUUGGCCAGCUGAGAGCACUGAACCAAUUUGUCCUCCGCAGGGAACAGAGCCCAUUGGUAGUGGACACCCCCCUAUCUCCCCACAUUUCGGCACUACCACAGUCAUUUCUGAGAGCACCUACCCCUCGGGACCUGGUGUACAGCAUCCUGUGCCUAUUCCUGAUCCUCUGGGCUAUGGUAAUGUCACUGUGACCGAGUCUUACACCACGUCUGGCACUCUGAGGCCCUCUGUCCAUGUUCAUGAUAAUCGACAGGCAUCCAACGUGGUGGUGACAGAGAGGGUGGUCGGCCCAAUCUCUGGUGCCGAUUUGCAUGGAAUGUUAGAGAUGCCUGACUUGAGAGAUGGGUCAAACGUGAUAGUGACAGAAAGGGUAAUAGCACCAAGUUCAAGCCUGCCCACCACUCUGACCAUCCCUGAUCCUAGAGAGUCUUCAAAUGUGGUAGUGACAGAAAGAGUAAUCCGGCCGACUUCCGGCGUGAUGGGCAGUCUGAGUAUGCACCCCGAGUUAUCGAAUACCCACAAUGUGAUCGUGACAGAGAGGGUAGUUUCGGGCUCCGGCAUAACUGGAAUUAGUGGCCCAGUGGGGACAGGUGGAGGCAGCGGUACAGGCAGCAGUGGCCUGAUUGGCAGCGCAGCCGGAGUAAGUGGUGGUGGCAUCGGGCUGAGCAGCAUGGGGGGGACUGCCACCAUUGGCCACUUGAGAGGCUCCUCUGACCAUCACUUUAGCAGCACCCUGGGUUCCGCCUCCCCGACCACAGCCCGAAGUCGAAUCACAAAGUACAGUACAGUACAAUAUACCAAGUAGCCAGCACCCAGCACACUUCUUCUCAGUGAUUGUGACUUAGGUUCAAUUCCCACCACCCAAAAAUGAACAAUGUGAUUUGUGACACACAAUUAGGUUCUAAGAAAACUGUGCAACGAGGUGAGACUCCACAGCAAGAGAAAUAGACGGAAGCAGUGCUGUUGGGCAAGAGCUCUCCUUGGCAUUUGUAAACUUUUUUCUCAUAUUGAUACUAAUGGAAUCAUGACAGUGAACUAGAUCUUGAGACAGGGUCUUCUUUGUGCCUGGAUGGCCCGUAGGGUCUUCCUUGCUUCCGUGUGGCCUGUAGUAUAUCUCCAGCACACGGAAUAAAUAAAACUCGGUCAUGUAAAUGCACUGGCCUUAAGAUGGCAAUUGGCAUAAUUCUCCUUGCUCUGUUUGGAUUUGCCCUGAAGCUCAGGUAAUACCUAAAAAGAACUAAACAUGCAAUAUGUGCUCAUGUAUGUGGGAAGAAUUUGAAAUAUGUGCCAAAUGCCAUGUCAUUUCCACAGAUAAUAUAAAUAAAAAUCCAACCACAUAUUCAGACCAGGGUUAAUCAUUAAAGAAAAAUAAUCUGGCUACACAGCUAAGUCCACAAGCCACAAGCACUCCUAGUUUAAUAAUUGCACUGGGUAAAAUAAACCUCGAAUUAGGAGAUGUUUUCAUAAGACAGUGGCAACAGAGAGACUGAUUUGGGGUAAACUGACAAUGUCUGAGCCUGGAUCUUGACAUGGGGCUUCGGCUAUAAUUCCUAUGGAGUCAAGAACUUCUUUGUUUCUUGUUUGUGUUUAGCGGUAGAUGCAAUGGUGAUGAAUAUUGUAUACUGGUGAGGUUGCAGGAUAUCACACCCAUUUCCCCCUUUACCACUGUGACUGACUUAAUAAAGGAAAAGCUGACAACUGUACUUCUCAGAAUGAAGAAAGUAACACCUGACAUGGUUGUCAUCACUAACUACCUUCCAAGGAAGCAGAUGGGAACUGCAUUGUAUUUUUCAGAUUGUGUUUUUAGUGUUAUUCAUUUAUACCCAGCUCUUUAUUACACAUCUCCUAAGUUAAAAUAAUUUACUUAGGCUGAGCUGUGAAAAACAACCUGCGGUAUGGUUAUGCUUUGGGAAAUUUUUUUUAAGGGAAUCUUAAAAAAAAGUUUUUAGAACAUGUAAAAUGUUUAAUGGGGGAAGUUAGAAUUAUUCAGUAAAGUUAAUACUGUAUUAUUAGUUUUGAUUGAAUUUAGUACUUUUUUUUUAAACAACCCUCUGCUGUUAUUUUGAAAAGAUCAACAAGGAACUUUUAACAGAGUUGAUGAUAUUGUGUUUACAUGAAUGAAAUUGUACUAGACAACCCCAUUUCCUUAUUCAAUUCCACUCCUUGAAUUUUCUCACUAGUCUAAAUUUUAUAUUCCCGGUUUGAUUGGUCAAUAAGCUCUUGGAUUAUAUCUGCUCCCGUUUAUAGAGAGUUCCCAAAUUACAUAGUAUGAUAUAUUUUUCUAACUUCAAAAUUUAGUAAUGUGUUAUUUAUGAUAUGUCAUUUCUGGCAAUUUGCUAUAUAGUGUUACCUAGUUAAAAAUCUCUGAAUAGAAUCAAAGCAUUUUUAGAGGUAAAUUUACUAUUGCAUGGUAGAGGAAUUUUUUCUCUUUUCUAAAUUCAGUGUUAAUACAUGCUCACUAAUGUGAACUGGAUAUGACAAAAUCUUUUAAGGAUUAGUCGUCUCAAUUACUCAAAUUUCCCAGGGUGUUAUAAGAUCAAAGAAUAGUUAUUGGACUUCCAAUACUUGUCAAAGGGGGAUGGGGAGUGACUGACUUUUACCUAGAGCUAUUUUGCUCUGCGUUAUAGUAGACGAUGUCAACAUUUUCAAAGCCACAAUAUAUCUUACUUUAACUCUGUAGACUAUGUAAAAUUUCGGUAGUCUGUAGCAUGCCAAAAUGCGGAGGUGUAAAUAAAAUCAUUCACAGGGAGUCUUUCUUUUAUUUCUGUCUCCCAUUUAGAGGUUCCAUUAAUAAUUCAUAAUCUUUCUAGAAAAAAAGUCAAACUGUAUUUAUUGAAAUAUACUUGAGUAUGGCUGGGUCCAGGAGUCAGAAGAAAUAAAAGUAAUUAUUAAUUAUUAGUACUUGUCACUUUGAUAUGAUAUAUCAUAAAUGUUUCCUUAAGACUCCUUAUAACUUCCAGAAAUGUUUUUUAGGUUGUCUAACGAAUGUCAGAGUGACCAUCCUUGAUAGUGAUUGUUAGUAAGAUCCAUUAGUUACAUAAAACCAUGGGAGCUACAUGGAGAAAAAGGCAGUAUUAGUCUAGGAAGAUACUUGCAAAUCAAAUAGUUUUUUUUUUCACGAUUACAUAUUGAUGCUCUAACUCUUUAUUCCUAAACUUUAAAAUUGCCUUUUCAAGGCAUCAACCAUUCUAACAGUCAUUUAAAGGCAUAUAAUUUUUUUUAAUGAACAGCCUUUGAGCAGAAUUUAAUUCUUCUCUUUAGGUGCUUUAAUUCAUAUACCUUAGGUCAUUCCAUAAGUUUAAGAAAAGAUACAAAAAUUGUUUUAUAAGUGAAUAGUUAUAACUCAAAUCCAUAUUGCAAGCUGAAUCUCCGAUUCACUUGCUUUUAAUAAAACAGAAGGAAGAAAUAGUGAUUUAAAUGUUGUAUGUAUAUAGUUUGAAAACAAAAGUGUUUAAUAUUUAUAAAACAUCUCACUUUCCAGAGAGGUAGUCCUCAGGGGCAAAAAUUAGUGUAUUAUAAAUUAAAUUUAGUAUUUAAUGUCAACCUAAAUACCAUCUUGAGUUAAACUUGACAUUGAAUUCCAGAUUUAUCUGCUACAUAUUAUUUGCCUCUAUGUAUGUUGUCUGAUGUAACUAUAUUUGCACUAAAAAAAAUUACAGAAAAAGUAUCUAUUUGGGGGUUUUUUUAUAAGCCUUCAUCUGGACAUCUGUUGUACACUCAUGUAUAAAGUUAUAAAGUUACAGCCUCAUAAUCUUCAUUCAAUGUAAUGUUCUGACAGAAUUUUAAUCAUACAGCUUCAAAAAGUCCAUAUUCACUCUGACUGGAUGUUUUGGUUAUAGGCAUAAUCAUUUCUGAAAUGAUGCCAACAUUUGAAUAUUAUACACCAGGGUAUAGAACACACAUGCAGCCUUUGACUAUAGUAGGAGUUUAAAGGUGUUAUAAUCUUGGCUAAAAUGGGCCCAGCUUUUUCAGAAAGAUAUUUGAAACCCAAAACAAGCUUUUGAAAGUACUGCCACAUUUCCCCAUGCCUAUUUAAUAAACUCCAACCUUUGUAGGGAUUUCUGGUGUUUGUAAGACCUCCUUCGGGUCGUGCUAGCAUGCAGGAGCCCACAGACAUUACUAGUGCCCUGGAAAUAGAGUGCGUCUUCCAGGUCCCAUUAGGACAAAGACAUAAAUGGAUCAACCUGUUACCCAUCAACUAAUUUUUUAAAAAAUGAAUAAUCUAUUGUUUAGUUGUCUCCAUUCCUCCAUUUAGUUACCUUUGAAUUACUGAACACUUUACGCUUAAGCUGCACUUAGUCUAACUUAUUUUUCUUUUACCAUUUUACGGGUAUUUUUAAACUCCGAUAUUCAUCUUGGGUAAUGUGUACAACAAGGUGCUUUCCUGUAAGUUUCAAUAUAACAGUUCUCGGAAUAUUUGGGUGCUAGUUUCUUGCUUGGUCAUCUGUUGGCUAUUUUUAAGUCGGUUUGUAAUUUCCGAAGAGUUGUGUUUACAGCAAUAAAAUGAUUAAUACGCCUUCA